CAGUCAAGAGAAACAUGAACGGAAGCUAUAUGUUCCGCCGCUCUUGAUUUACAGCUGUUUCCCCCCCAGCCUGGCGAUUUUCAGUUGACUGGAUCACCUCCAGUGACGCGCGGCUCAUUUGCGCGAUCUGACAUCUUUAUUCAUAAAUAGCCCCCAUUCAGAUCUCUCUGACGUUCAUCUUCCCUCUGACGAAACCUGCUCCUAUAAGAUUCACAGUAAGUUUGGCUGUACGCCGCUCUUCUCCUGACGAGACACUUGGGCUCUUUUUUUUUGCGCUGUUGGUGGCAGUUGAGCGGCUGAUUCACAAAGGUCUCUUUUCCUCAGGUCUCGAUGAGUUUCGGUUCUUUAGAGGUACAACGACUUUAGCAGAGAGAAGAUGAACAUCCAUGUGGAGGGGUUGGUGGCGAUUGUCAUCUUCUACUUGCUGAUCCUUGUAGUGGGAAUCUGGGCAGCAUGGAAAAACAAGAACUCCGGCGUGGUGGAGGGAGCCGAUCGCAGCGAGACCAUUAUGGUCGGAGGAAGGGAUAUAGGAUUAUUUGUCGGCGCUUUUACCAUGACUGCAACGUGGGUCGGAGGGGGUUAUAUCAACGGCACAGCGGAGAAUGUUUAUCUUCCCGGGUACGGCUUGGCAUGGGCACAGGCUCCCUUUGGAUACGCGCUCAGCCUUGUUUUGGGUGGCCUUUUCUUUGCUAAACCCAUGCGCUCCCGGGGUUACGUCACCAUGCUUGACCCCUUCCAGCAACUGUAUGGAAAAAGGAUGGGUGGUCUGCUAUUCAUCCCCGCACUAAUGGGGGAAAUGUUCUGGUCAGCCGCCAUCUUAUCUGCCCUUGGGGCCACGUUGAGUGUGAUCGUUGACAUCGACAUCAAUAUGUCGGUGAUUAUUUCGGCUCUUAUUGCCAUUUUCUACACGCUGGUGGGAGGACUGUAUUCGGUGGCCUACACCGAUGUUGUCCAGCUCUUCUGCAUUUUUUUAGGACUGUGGGUGAGCGUCCCUUUUGCGCUCUCAAACCCAGCUGUGUCUGACAUCGGAGUGACAGCAGUGAAGCAGCUCCAUGCUAAUCAGACCGCAUGGCUUGGAAAGAUAGAAAGCCUUGACAAAUGGAUGUGGGCUGACAACUUCUGCCUUCUGAUGUUGGGGGGGAUUCCCUGGCAGGUCUAUUUUCAAAGGGUUCUUUCUGCCUCUUCAGCUACCUAUGCUCAAGUCCUCUCCUUCCUGGCUGCCUUUGGUUGUAUCAUCAUGGCUAUUCCCUCCGUCCUGAUCGGAGCCAUAGGGGCUUCCACAGAUUGGAACCAGACAACCUAUGGGCCGAUUCCUCCCAUGCAGAGGGACCAGUCUGACAUGAUCCUACCCAUCGUACUACAGCACCUGUGCCCCGCCUAUAUCUCCUUUUUUGGUCUGGGGGCAGUUUCUGCUGCAGUGAUGUCAUCCGCUGACUCAUCUAUCCUGUCGGCCAGCUCCAUGUUCGCUAGGAACAUCUACCAGCUCGCUUUCCGGCAAUCGGCCUCCGACCGUGAGAUCGUGUGGGUCAUGCGGAUCACUAUUUUUGUGUUUGGGGCCCUAGCGACGGCCAUGGCUCUCCUGACCGGGACCGUCUAUGGUUUAUGGUACCUGAGCUCUGACCUGGUCUACGUCAUUAUCUUCCCCCAACUCCUCUGCGUUCUUUUCAUCCGUGGCACAAACACCUACGGCUCGGUGGCUGGAUACAUCUUUGGCAUGAUCCUGCGAAUUGGUGGAGGCGAACCAUAUCUCAAACUGCCUCCGUUCAUCUACUACCCCGGAUGGACCAUUGAAGAGAAGGUCCAUCAUGUGACCAGAGAGGUGGAAUACUUGGUGUUGCAGAGGUUUCCCUUUAAGACAGCUUCCAUGCUGGCCUCCUUCCUAAGCAAUGUGGCUUUCUCAUACCUGUUUAAGUACCUGUUUGAGAGUGGCACUUUGUCGGCUAAAUAUGAUUUCUUGGAUGCAGUGGUGGCCAAGCACAGCGCCGAAAUAAUGGACAAGACCACUCUGGUGAACAAGAACAUCAUUGGGCUGAAUGAAAUGGCCCCGGUCAAACCAAGACUUAGUGUUACUUUAGCUGCUACCUUCACCAGGAAGGAAACCCUGACCGAGGAGGAGGACUCCAGCCCGGAGUCACCAAGUCAUGAGAAUGAGUAGAGAUGUGUUCGACUUUGAGAAGACUAUGUGAAGGACAAGGCUUCACCCAAUAAGUAAAGAAAUAUCAGAUUUUAUCUAUAUACUUAAUUCACUCCACACUCUGGAAUUUCCAUUAAUCCUUUCAAAAUGGGAAUGGGACAGCAACAGAAAAUCAAUCAAAAAGGCAAAGACAGAAGAAAACAGCUGUUGAGUAAUAUUAGGGAAAAAACUUGAUGGUGUUAGUUACCCUGAGAAGCUCUUCGACUCCUGUCGGUAUGUACAAACCCUGAGUGACUCUCCUUUCCCUUCUAAAGAAAAUCUUGAGAUACUGUGAUAAUCCUUGGGAAAUAAUCAUAUUAAAAGGUUAGUUCACUCAAAGAUGUUCUGUCAUCAUUCGCUCAACCUGAAUGACGUAGAACACAUAGAGAAAAAUGUCUCUUUUUUUUAUCCAUACAGUCAAAGUCAAUAGAUAACAUGCUUCCAAAACAGUAGCUGAAACACUGGAAGGUUGAAGGAUGACAGAAUGUCCAUUUUUAGUGAAUUACCCAUUUAAUUUCCCAAAUCUGGACAUAGAUCGGUCCAAAUUUGAAAAGAAAAAAAAAUGUAACACAGUGAUUAUACUAUAUCCGAUUAUAGCUAUACAUUAAUAAAUAAUAGGUGUAAGUUCAUGUAUCAUGCCAUUACUUACGUCGAACUCCCAUGAUAGAUAUUAGUGCAGAUUAUCCUAUCGUCAUAUCAUAAAAAUCAAAUGUAGCUAAACAGUUAUAAGCUGUUUCAUAAGUAUGUAAUUAUAUAACAAGUGACGUGCUUCCCAUCUACAAACUACCUUUAACAACUGUGACAUAAGUGCACAUGUGGCAAAUGUCUUUUUCAUGUUCAUAGUGCAAUAUUAAGAAGGAAAACAAAGAACAUGGAAAAUAUACAGUAUAUAAUCUUGUAAUCGCCUUAACUAGCUACAUUGAUUAGAUGGGGGUGAUUGGACAUUAUGCAAACCCGGUUCGUCACUUUGUUGUACUUGAAAAUGAAUGUAGCUGCAAAUGAUUUGCCAGAUGUAACAACCUCCGGGGUCCGUGCUGUGUUAUUUUUUGUGGUUUGCAAAGUCAUGCGUAUGUCAAAAGAAGUCAUUGUACCUGGUUCCAGGAUGAGCCAGCUGCUGUGUUAUUUUGUUGGCUUUAGCGAUACAGAAAUCUGUGUGAUGUGUGUAUUUAUAUUCCAAUGAAUAUAACUGUCUAGUAUUCCGCUAAAAUGUAAAGUGACACUUUAUCGUUCUGUAUAUACAUAUACAUAUAUAUUUGAAUGAGUUGGAGCCAGCUACACAAAUCUAUAUUUAUUUAUUAAUUGUGGCCUACAGAUUAAACAUAGGAUCAAAGUUAAUAAAUUUUAUUGUUAAGACUUUCAUAGUUGUGUAUUAUUCGAAAAUAAGACUUUUCCACAAAAACUGCAUGCAAUUCAGCAUUUUCCAUUUUGUUUAAAUUUGUGAAAACUUAACGGAGUGCGUUUGUGGAUUCAUUUUGUUCCCGUUUCUGAUAGCAAUCCCAUUUCCCAAGUCUUAUACCAUUCCGCAAGCCCGAAAUGGCGACUGCUGUAUAGGGCCAGUUACGAAAAUCGCGUGUCUGAAAACGUGACAAUUUAUGACGUUAACUCUCUUCAACUUCCAAUGUCACAGUUGAGAGGCGGCACUCUAAAAAUAGCCAGUACGUUAUUUACAUUAAGUGCUCUGCUCGUCUCAGUGGGGCGGGGCAGGGGGGUAGUUGGGUGAAAAAGGCGGAGGGAAGUGAAGAUGGGGGUUGGGCCGGGCAUCUUAUGCGUCUUUUCAUAGACUGCGUCAAUGUCUUGGGGGUGGCCGAUGACGCUGUUCUUGCCCCACCCAACCAUGUCCCGAGCUUGUCCUCCAUUUUGUCCUUGCUGUCCAAAAUUUAAUCCCAUUACAUCGUUUGUGGCUGGAUAUGCCAGAGAUCCCAUUCACAAAAGAACAGCGAAGAGCACUUGUGGUGAUUAAUAAUCACCGCAAUGGGGCGGUACUCUUAGCUUUGCCAAAAGUCAAGCCAUUUUUAUCCUUCCAACUGAGGAGGCGUCUGCGUCCAUCUGAGGUGUCUGGAAAAACCUCAACGACAAUGUACUCGCCAAAGAGUACAGUUUGAACACUUUUCACGGUUAGAAAUUCAGUUGUCGGUGCUCGCUUGGGACGUUCGUUUUAGCCUUCUUCGUAUGUGGGCGGUCUCUGGUAUUCUUGGUGAGCACGUCUCUGCUCACAAAUCAGUAAUGAAAUGCUUGAGGUUCAAGAAUCUCAGCUGAAAUAUGGUGCAUCUAAUUGAAUCAGCCUAAGUGAGGGACAUUUGUCCUCUCUCAUGGUUCAAUCGAUCAAAUCUCCCACAACAACGGUUAGGAGCACAGCCUGUGACGGAAGCUAUAGCAGGCAGCGUUCAUCACUCCCGUCAUUAUUUAUUUGAACAAUUUCCUUUAGUGUAAAUCAGUAACGGAUAUAGAUCAUGUAGUCUUUUAUUAGUACUGCUUAAAUGAAUGAGAAAACAACCUCAACAAGCACACAGCUUCAAAAACCCCAAAUGUGCUAUAGUAGGAAUUUAUUUUUAUUUCUAUUCUUCUUUAAGUGGCUACAUGGACCUCUUCUGCAGCCUUUGCUGUACCUCUAUUAAAGGCAGAGUCUUCAUGUAUCUGUCAAGAAAUCAUCUGCCUAUUGAAGGAGGCAGGUGUAAUUAGAUUGGCUCUCAUUAAACCUGAGGGAAUAAUUGGGCAUGCUGGGAAAUAUAGUUUUGGGCUUUACCAGAAAACAGCAGGUAUAAUGUAAUGAGAAAGAUAGCCUACAGACUAAGUGAAAUAAUACUUUCCUGAUUUUUAUAUAUUUAUUUAUUUUGUACUAAAAGAAAAUGUACUAUAUUUUGUGUUUAAGUAAAAAUAAAACAUUUGGCCUCUAUUUUAAACUGUGUCAUUAUUACAUGUUACAUUGUAAUAAGUCAAUUAUGUAUUAUUACUAGCAGCUAAUCCUAAAUUAAGUCCUAUAGCAGGUAUACUGUGUGCUAUUAAUUAAUAUUACUAAUUUGUGUAAUUAUAUUGUAACAAGUACAACUUACAAUAAAGCGUAAGCAACAAAUGCUGUGUCUAAUUGAAAAAAAAACUUAUUGGCCAUUUGCAUCACAAAAAUGUUACUUAUUUUUAUUAUAUUUGCCUAAAAGCAAAACAUGUUUGAAUAUUUUACACACUAUUUAUGUGCAACUGGGAGCAGGUGAUGAUGAUGUCCCUUGGAACCAAUUUUUAAAAAUCUGAAAAUUUACAUCAAGACGUGCGUAAAUCAAUGAAAUGUGUUAUUAUCUGUUAUGAUCAGGUUUCACUGGAGAAAUGUGAUGUUUCAUCAAUGAAACGUGUGUUUGUAUAUUAAAAAAAAGCGGAAAAUUGAACCCUAAAUAUUCUUUUUUGCCUUUGAAGAGCAGCUUGUUGAGAAUCUUUCAAAGUAAUUUGUAAUUGGCCAUAAUAUGACUGUUUGUAGAGUAACAUCUCACAAUAUUUACUCCCUGAAGAUCUGGAGUGUCAUCAUAAAACGUUUUGCACGGGUGCAUCUUAUUCCCUCAGACCAAACAUCCUUCUUUUUCCCACUCGCUCCUGCUCGUUUCCGACAGCAAAGUCAUCUGUGGUGACAAGGAACCUUUUUUUUUUGACAUGGGACGACUAGAACAAGUGACCCUGAGGGCACAUCAGUAUCAGACAUGACUGUCAGCAGUAGAAGCAUCUGCUUCGUGUCCUGCCGGCUGUAUACUGCAACAUUUAAAACAAGAGCUAGGUUUGGCAAGUGGGUUUGCUCUUGGAAAGUCAGUCUGUAUCAUUAGCUUUCCAAUAGUCUUGCUCUCUCAGCCGGUGCAUUCAGAUCAAUUUAAACAGGUUGAUGUCCCUAAAAAGCUAGUAUAUGUGAUUGUUUUGAAAGAUCGAUAUCUGAAAGAACAGCUAUGAAUUUAAAGGACCCAGAGGAGGAAUACAGACAUUAAAAUGUAUUACUCCUCAGGGAUCACUUUAUUGACUUAUACUUCCCUUCUCUUCCUCCAUGUCUCGCUGUCUCUCAAAUCUCUGCCGACCAAACUGUUGUAUGAUAAAAACCUGUCACAACCUCUUCCGCUGUCAUCCUGAUGACGCAGUUUCUUAGCUUUUCACUACAAUCCUCCCAGCUGACAAUCACAUGGGACUGUCAUACAUGACUUGUGUUAUAUAAAACACCAACAAAAAAGACACAGCCACUCUUUCACCAACCACAAACCCUGAGGCAAAGUCCCAAAACCCUUUAUUUCCACUCUCAGGCACACUCUUACAACGUCUGUUCAAAAUGUUGCUGGCGUAACACCGACAAUGUCUUAAAAAAACGUAUUUAAAUGCUUUGUUGUCAUAAAAAACAGAAAUCAUGGCGGACAGCCUAUUCAUUCCUGCCUGUUUCUUUGGAAAUGUUUGUAGAUAAGAAGAUAUUUAGUCAACAUCCAACGGGUUUUUGAAGAAAAUGUAGGGUCUCGUUAUUGGUAGCCAUAUAAACAUUCAACACAUGUUUAAUGAUCACACAAUAUGUAUUAAGUGGUUAUUCAUAUAUGUUAAUAUGCAUGACUGUAAUGGUA